AUGCGGAUCACCCUGGACCCAGUCCAGAGCGUCCGGAGGCUGCCCCGGCGCGGCAUAGGCGCGGGGCCCUCGGGGGAUCUGCUUCGGGGACCUUGGCCCAGAGGCGCUGGCCGAGCUGUGCUGCCGAAACCGUGCGUACAGCUGGUGUGCCGGGACCAUCUGCGCGCAGCCCGGCCCCGCCCGCCGAAGCGCGGGAGCCAGGGUGCCCUGCGCGUGGCCACCCUGCUGACAGGGCUGCUGGAAUGCCUUGGCUUUGCCAGAGUCCUUUUUGGCUGGGCGCCCCUGGUGUUUGUCUUCAUGGAGCAUUACUUUGAAGAGCUGGGUGAACCGAAUGCUGGGCUGAUGGGCAAUGGCACAGGGCAGGAUGACUGCAAAGCCCAGGGUGAGAGGUUCUCACUCAUCUUCACCUUGGCAUCUUUCACGGACAACUUCAUGACCUUCCCCACCGGCUACAUCUUUGGCUGUUUCAAGACUACCGUGGCUUGCCUCAUAGCCAUAUUUUUCUACACUAGUGCCAUGCUCAUCAUAACCUCCAUCUCUGCAGACUCAGCGCUGCGGCUCUUCCGGCCCAUGCACAUGCUCACUCUGUGUGUGUGUGUGGGGGGGGUGUGGGGGGGGUGGGGGCGCCUCCUGUUUCUGAUCACCAACCUGCAGAUUGGAAACCUGUUUGGCAAACAAUGCUCAACCAUCAUCACCCUCUACAAUGGGGCAUUUGAUUCUUCCUCAGCGGUCUUCCUUAUCAUUCAGUUCCUUUAUGAGCAGGGCAUCAGCCUCAGGGACCCCAUCUUCCUCUCUGUCUGCAGUGCCUGGCCUGUUGGGCGUACCUUCCUCCUGAUGCCCCAGGGACACACCUCCUACCCACUGCCCCCCAACUACAGCUACGGCCUGUGCUCUGGGAAUGGCACCAGAGACGAGAAGAAGGAAAAAACUGAGCCUGAAAAGCUACAUCCACAGUCAAAGGAAUUCCUGUCACCAAAGGAAGAGAUCCCAGGACCAGGGAAGCGCCCGGAACCCCGCUCUUUCUGGAGCCAUGUUCUCUCUCAGCGCUUCGCCGGGCACCCGGUAUGGCUGUCUGUGGUACAGCUAUCCUACCUCUUCAUUGGCACCCUCAACUCUCUGCUGACCAACCUGGCCAUUGGGGACAGGGUGCUAGUCAGCAGCUACACAAACGCCGUUGCCAUUACUCAGUUUUUUGGAGUGCUGUGUGCCCCCUGGAAUGGUCUGCUCAUGCACUGUCUUAAACAGAAGUACCAGAAGGAAGCACGAAAUAUGGGUUUCUCGGCCUCUGCGGCGGCCCUUUUAUCAGUGGUGCUUUCGCUGGUCCCUCUGUGCCUUGGUCCACGUCGUCCCGUCCAGUAUGUCACUUUCAUCCUGCAAGUGAUCAGCCGCUCCUUCCUCUACAGGGGCAGUGCUGUCUUUCUUACCCUCGCAUAAGUGGGCUUGGGUUUCCCUUCGGAGCACUUUGGGAAGCUCUUUGGGCUACUGAUGGCCCUGUCAGCCAUCGUGUCUCUGCUCCAGUUCCCCAUCUUCACCCUCAUCAAAAGCCCCCUCCACGAUGACGGUUCUACAUGAGUGAAUGUGAUGUUGGUGCUUUUCACUCUUCGGACAUUCGCCCACCCCUUCCUGGUGUACCAUGAGUGCCGGCGGAAAGAAACCCUCCUGCAACAGCCUAGCUCAGAAGCCCUUGAUUUUCAGCCCUGCAGAUGCUUUUGCUCACCUGUGCUCACCUUAGAGGACCCUGUGUCCAGAAAGACUUUGCCCACCCAAGCUAUUUGUAUUAAGUACCCAUUAUUUUUCCUUAAAAGAAAAAACAAGCUGUAUUUAACUACCAGCCAAGAGUUUUGAUCAGUAAGAAAAGAAUCUCAGUUGCCAAGCUGAUUGACCUCGUACAGACUGAAAGCAAAGGCACGUGGAAGUUCUCCUUAGUUCCACAGCAGGAAGGAAGCAUAUGGCUGUGGCAGACGUGGCCUGAAGGGAGGUGAUGUGAUGGGAGAGAAGGUGUGUCACCUACUUCUCUAGGCCUGUUUGGCCCUGAAGCCCUCGUGUGCCUGGGCUCCGAGCUGCUGGGUGAUUUUCUGGGCCUCAGCUAUGCCACCUGGUGUCUAGAGAUGGCACCCAGUUCGCCCUCAAAGGCACAGCCUUGGUGAGAGAAUGGUGGCAAGCCUGGGGAGGUAGAGGAGCAGACGGGGUGGAUGGGGGCCCCUGGGCCUGAAUCCCAGGUCUGCCACUGAUGCUGCUUGACCUUUGGCCGACCUUUCUCUGGCCUGAGCAUCAGUUUUCCCAUCUGUGAAAUGAGACGGUUCUGGAGCUGGAGGUUCUUUCUGGAGCUAAUGUUCCUGAAGGUUUUAAGAACAGAGAGUCAGGCCACCCACAGGGCCUUGGGAACCAGGUGGCCUGCUUGACUGCAGGAUUUCUGGCAAAGCCUUUUGGGCAUGUUUUCGUCUUCAAGAAGGGGGAUGAUUAUUUACUUUGGCCAUCAUAUAAAAUUUUUCUCUGGGGGAUAAUUUUGCAGAUAA